AUGCUGACUGUGGGCAUUUCGGUCGGGGAGAUCAACUCUAUUAUGAACAUCAUCGCUGCAGUCCUCAGGCUUGGCAAUAUAAGGUUCCGACCUCCCAAUGGGGACAGUGAUGCAUCGGAGUUGGACCCAGCAAGCGAGAAGGAUUUCCUCUUGCUGAUGAGACUCUUGGGCUUGGACGAUGCUGAAGCCUUCAUUAGGGCUCUCACGACCAAGACCAUCACUACUCGUAUGGAGGUGUAUCACACGCCGGUCAGUGUUCACACUGCGGUGGAGUCUUGUGACUCGUUGGCUAGGCAGCUGUAUGGGUUACUCUUCUUGAGGGUGGUCUCUCGUACGAACGACUCUAUUGGUUACGAUCCCAAGGCAAACCUUUUCUGUGGAGUUUUGGAUAUUUUCGGUUUUGAGUGCUUCAAACAGAACUCAUUCGAGCAGUUGUGCAUCAACUACACCAACGAGAGGCUCCAACAGUUCUUCAACAAUUUCAUUUUCAAGAUGGAGGAGCAACUUUAUGCUGAGGAGGGUAUCGCGUGGGACCCUCUGGACUUCCCCGACAACCAGGACGCUGUGGACCUCCUUGCAGACUCUCGAAUGGGUAUCUUCUCGUUACUUGAUGAGGAGUGUGUUAUACCCGGCGGCUCCGAUAAGAACUUCUGUUCGAAGCUGUGUCAUCGGUAUAAGGAGCAUCGGAGGUUCGAUAUUGUUAAGACUAGACAGGAUUGCUUUGUGGUUAAUCACUUUGCGGGGCCGGUGGAAUACGACACUGAGGGCUUCAUGGAUAAGAAUAAGGACCAGAUGUCGUAUUCGUUGUUUAAAGUGAUGAAGGGGUCUUCAUCGGAUUACGUGUCAACGUUAUUUACGGAAUAUGAGGAUACGAAAUUCCAAGAUCCUGAUUCGGCCCCCAGCGGGAAGUCUAAGAAGAAGCUAACGACGAUCAGUGGGGAGUUCAAGCAGCAACUAAACGAGUUGAUGGAGACGGUGAGGGAGACGGAGCCCCACUUCAUUCGGUGUAUCAAGCCUAACCCUAUGAACCUUCCGGAUGUCUACGACCGCCCCAGUGUUUGUGAACAACUCAGAUAUGGCGGCGUCCUACAGGCUAUCCAAGUGUCUCGAGCGGGUUACCCUGUACGGAUCUCCCAUGAGGACUGCUGGCUCGACUACAUGCAGCUGGUGAAGGGCAAUUUGGCGGAGUAUUCAGCCGAGGAGGACAUGUCGAAACGGUGCCUUAAAUUGCUCACGACGGUGUCUACGUCCUUGGGUAUAGAAGAGGGCCUGUGGGAGGUGGGGAAGACGUUGGUGUUCUUCAAACAGAAGGCAUUCGAUGCCCUACAGAAUGCUCGUAUGCAUCUGCGUGCGGAGGCGGCCACAAGGAUCCAGGCUCAGUGGAGAGGGCUGAGGACUCGGGCGUGGUAUGGGUUUGCGAUAAUAUGUUUGGUGAAGAUGCAGGCCCUCGUACGGGGCAAGAUGGCUAGGAUACGCGUGGCCAACAUGAGGCGGGAAGUCGGUGCUCUUAGGAUUCAAAGCUGGUGGCGUAUGGAGAAGCAGAGAAUUGCGUAUGAGGAUACACUACGGAAGGUCAUCUUCAUUCAAGCGGUUCAGCGUGGACGGAUGGCCCGAGUGUUUGCUAAGGAGUAUCGCAUUAAUACAGCAGCAGCAAGGAUCCAAGCAGUGUGGAAGGGCUGGCAUGUUCGUCGGCAAUACUGUGCUCUUCGUGCUAGUGCCUUGGCGGCCCAGAGGCAGUUCCGGAUGAGGGCGGCUAAGAUGCAGUUGAGGCGACUCAAACAGGAAGCGAAGGAAGUGGGAUCGUUGUUGGCCAAGUAUCAGAAUGCUCAGGCUGAGGUUACUAUGGUGAAGAGGAAGCUGGCAGAGACGGAGGCCUUGCUGCUGCAGUCGAAGAGUGAGAACCAGCAGUUGAAGGUUGGCAGAGAGACUUUGAGUCAACGAAUAGUCGUGUUGGAGGGGCAGCUGGAUGCAGCGGUUAAGAAACAUGAGGAGGAGAUGGAACAGUUGGCAUCGCAGCAUACUGAUGAGUUGGCAGCAGUUGGAGGUGCUGCUGCCUUGGUGGGAGGAGCUGUGGCUGGUGGGGCUGGUCUAUCGAUGUCGGCGAGUGGUGGGCCUAAUGCUACCGUUGCGGGAGGCGCUGCUACGUUGUCGAGGGUAUCGUCACCACGCGUGUCACCAACGACGAGCAUCUCUAGUCCGACCAUGUCUGCGGCUGGGCUGGAGACGGCUACUGUGGCAAGCGGCGGGGAGGCUGCUUCGGUGGUACGGCUGAGGCAGUCGUUGGUGGAUGCCAAUUCGAAGAGUGAGGGGUUGGAGAGUGAGAAUGAGAGGUUGAAGCAAGAGCUAGCUCGGGUCAACAAGGAGAGGGAGGAGUCGGAGGCUAAGUACCAGACCAUGUUGAAGAACACAGUCUACCAGUCCCAGGCGAGCACCCACCAGGGCCCGGCCCAAUCACGAGCCGUAUCGGAUGCUACUGGUCUGGGCGCGCGCAAUGUUGACAUCCAGCUGGUCGGACCCCAGGGAGUGGGGAAGUCGCCGUUAUUGGCCGGCCUCAUCCAGCAGCUUGACCCCAGCAAGAUGGCGGAGUUUGAGAGGAAUCGUUCGAACUUGAUGGCGCAUUAUCAGCUCCAAUUCAAAGACAGCGGCGGUCGGGAGAGGGUCCUAAAGGUGUUGGACUGCAACGGCAACAAGAGGGCCCAGCAUUUGGUCAGGGAGUGGUUUGCUCGAUCGCGUUGGGUUAUCUGUGUUUAUGACAUGAGCUCGAAGGAUUCAUUAAGGCAGGCGUUGGAGCUGAUGAAGGAGGGGGGACGAAUGGGCGCUAAUGUUCUCCUGUUUGGGAACCUCCAGUCAGUUCAAGCUGGCAAGGCAACCGCCCAGGUUGAUGUGAUGAAGGCUAAGGAUGCGGCUGCUAGUGCCAAUGCAUUAGCGGUUGAGGGCAAUAGACUUAUGGAUGCGGUACGACUCAUUCUGAGCGAUCUCGAUGCCAACAGAUUUGCUGCGGCUUCUGCAUCGCCACGGGCGGGCAGUGGAAAGGAAACUGUGGUGUCCACGACAGGAUCAUCAGCAUCAUCGUCCUCGGUAGCAGUAGCAGCAGCAGGAGGAGGAGCAACACCGUCGAGCCGCGCGCUCCGUGCGGACUCCCAUGCAAGUUCUCAUACGCUGAGUGGGGCUUUGGAGACCUUCAAGGGCUGGUUUAAGGGCUCAGAUAAUAAGGUUCGCCGCUCCAAUGGGGUGUUGAAGGCCUCUUUACGUGGCAAUAAGACUAUGAGGGAGCGAGGUGGACCCAACAAGGACCCAGCAGUAGCGGACAUUCGCCCUGUACAGGAAAUACAGGACUCGGAAACUGCUGUGACCUGCAUUGCAUUUGGGCAGGAGAAGCUCCAUCGCUCACACAUUCUUCUGGCAGCUGCCUCUAAGGAUGGUACGGUUGUUGUUUAUCGAUGCUACCGUACUGAGAUGGAGCUGGCGCGUCUGGACCCGUCUGAUUUCCCUAAUGACGAUGCCUCUGAGGCUCGGCAAGAGGCGGCCCCGGGGGCGAAAGUCGUCCUACAUUCGAGACUGGUUGGUCACAGUAGGGCGAUCACUUCGAUGUUCUUCAACCUUUUGGAGGAUACCAUAGUAACCACUAGUAUCGACAAGUCAGUGCGCUUCUGGAUGGUUGACACAGGAGAAAUGCUCAAGACUGGCAACUACCGUAUGAGUAUUCUGCACCAUCACACUGUCCCUGUGGUGGCAGUAGCGACUAAUCAACAGGAUUCACUUCUGGCCAGCGCCGACUCGCUGGGGAAAAUCGUGUUGUGGCGUCGAGUAGAUUUCUCCCAUCUGGAACCGGCUUCGGGAGAGACAGCGGGUUCAAAAAGAGCACGACGAUUGAGAGAAUGCUUACCGACGGUAUUAGCCGCUGAGAGCUGGGAUGAGCGAACUUUCGAAAACGAAGGGCAGUCGUUAUGGAAGUGCUUACGAGUUGGGAUCCUGGACGCUGCGCGAGACUCAGCGAUUCUCGACGAGAUCGAUGAUGCUGAGGUGGACGGCGCGUGGGAGUUUAUGCUGACGAUCUUUGACCGAUGCCCGCGGAGUAGUCGGCAGGUUCUGGAAUGUGUGGCUAUCGUGAUUCAAUCAGCGUCGUGGUUGCAUGGAUUUGCUCGAACUAGGCUACCGUGUAGACUAGUAUUGUGGCGAGUGAAACCGAGCAAGAGGCCUUCCAAAAUGGAGGGGCCUCCACAGGUACUGUAUCGUCUAGUGUCGGGUCUUCGCGCUGUUGGUGAGACUUCACCAACCUGGGAUGACCUUUUGCAGCCGGAAGAGUCUGUCCUGGCAAAUUGCCAUUUUGUGAAUGCGCUGGCCGCUUGCAUGACUAGUGAUGAUCGCGCUGAAUUCAUAGCACAAUCCAAGGUGGCUCGGGUGGUACUCCGAAGUAGCCUCACAGGUGAUGAUAAUGUUGUUGUGGAGGAGCCGGUUGACGCAGAUGGUAUGUUAUCGAGUGCUUCCAAUCACGAAGCUAAUGAAGACUGUGCGGAGGCCGAUAGGAAGGAUAGGGUACAACGCUUGAUCGAUGCUACGUCAGAAGCUGUCGAGACCGCGUAG